GUCCGUGAAUCGACCCCUCACAACACCACACAGCAGACGAAAUGGCAGACAGGCAGACCGCAUACUCCAUCAGCCUCUUCGGCACCCAGACGGGCGAUGAGCCCCAAGAUGUGGCCGCGCCUUCGCGCAUCCAGCAAGCGCUGGUCGACUUUAUCAUGUCUUUUACCCUGGACAAUGCUUUUAUCUACAGAGACCAGAUUCGCGAAAACGUGCUGGUAAAACAGUACUAUUGCGACGUCGACAUUGCCCACCUUAUAGUAUACAAUGACGAGCUCGCACACAAGCUCAAGCAGGACCCCGCCGAGAUCGUGCCACUUUUUGAAUCGGCUAUCAAACAGUGCACGCAUCGCAUCGUCUACCCCUCGCAGAAAAACAUCAAGCUUCCCGAGCACCAGCUGCUUCUCCAUACAUCCGCUUCAGAGCUUUCAAUUCGCGACCUCACCGCGUCACAUGUCUCGCAUCUUGUGCGCAUACCAGGCAUCGUCAUCGGCGCCUCAACACUCUCAUCCAAAUCCACCGCGUUAGCCAUCCGGUGCCGGAACUGCCAACAUGAGGAAAUGCUGCCUGUCUCAGGCGGUUUCUCAGGCAUCUCACUCCCCCGGACGUGCGCAGGGAAAAGAGCAGAGGGAGACUCCUCGGACAAGUGCCCGCUGGACCCAUACUACGUAUUACACGAGCGAUGUCAGUUCAUCGAUCAGCAAGUGCUCAAGGUGCAGGAGGCGCCAGAUCAGGUCCCUGUCGGAGAACUGCCGCGACACAUCAUGAUCUCGGCAGACCGCUAUCUCGCAAAUCGUGUUGUUCCUGGUACGCGAUGCACAGUCAUGGGCAUCUUCUCCAUAUACCAGCAGAAGGGCUCCAAACGAGCGGGCAACGCCGCGGUCGCUAUUCGAAACCCCUACAUUCGUGCCGUUGGAAUUCAUGCAGAUGUAGACCACACCACCAAAGGCAACGCAGUCUUCACCGAAGAAGAAGAGCAAGAAUUUCUGGAGAUGAGCAGAAGACCUGAUAUCUACGAGGUCUUCGCCAACUGCAUUGCGCCAUCUAUCUACGGGAACAAGGACAUCAAAAAGUCCAUUGCGUGUUUACUGAUGGGCGGUUCCAAGAAGAUUCUCCCUGAUGGGAUGAAACUUCGUGGCGAUAUCAACGUGCUACUUCUUGGUGAUCCGGGUACCGCCAAAUCUCAACUCCUCAAGUUCGUCGAGAAAGUCUCCCCAAUCGCUAUCUACACCUCCGGUAAGGGAUCUUCCGCAGCCGGUCUGACAGCCUCCGUUCAGCGCGACCACAACACGCGCGAAUUUUACCUAGAAGGCGGCGCCAUGGUCCUGGCCGACGGUGGCGUAGUCUGCAUCGAUGAGUUUGACAAGAUGCGCGACGAAGACCGUGUCGCAAUCCACGAAGCUAUGGAACAGCAAACAAUCUCUAUUGCCAAAGCCGGCAUCACCACGAUCCUCAACUCGCGAACAUCCGUUCUGGCUGCAGCUAACCCUAUUUUCGGCCGCUACGACGAUAUGAAAACGCCCGGCGAAAACAUCGAUUUUCAGACCACGAUUCUGUCUCGCUUCGACAUGAUCUUCAUCGUGCGCGACGAACACGACCGCGGGCGUGACGAACGCAUCGCCAAGCACGUUAUGGGCAUCGCCAUGGGCGGGCGCGGUGUCGAAGAAACCGUACAAGCUGAGAUCUCCAUCGAGAAAAUGAAACGCUACAUCACAUACUGUCGAUCACGAUGCGCUCCACGUCUCUCCCCCGAGGCAGCUGAGAAACUAUCUUCCCACUUCGUCAGCAUUAGACGACAAGUACAUGCCUCCGAAAUGAACGCCAAUCAACGCUCCAGCAUUCCCAUCACCGUUCGUCAACUAGAAGCCAUCAUCCGCAUCACCGAGUCGCUCGCCAAACUCAGCCUCUCCCCCAUCGCCGACGAGUCGCACGUUGACGAGGCGAUUCGCCUGUUCCUCGCAUCCACUAUGGACGCUGUGACACAGGGCGGCGGGCAGAGCAGCAAAGAACUCAUGGACGAAGUGAACAAGGUGGAGGAGGAGCUGCGCAGACGCAUGCCCAUUGGCUGGCAGGUCAAUCUCAGCACGCUGAAGAGGGAGAUGGUCGACGGAAAGGGCUACAGCGAGCAGGCUCUCGGUCGUGCAUUGCACGUCAUGGCCGCGAGGGAGACGGUCAGGUGGAGACAUGGCGGUAGCGUGGUCUUCAGAGCGAGUGCAUAGACGGGGCUGGAAGGUCAGAGAAGUACGGCGUUUGGGAUUUGGAUACAGAGCUUGGGAUAUCCGUGGUUCAGGUCAUGCGGGCGAUGUCCGCUGGGUUUGAGGUCUGGAUUUGGUAUGAUGUUUACGUUGUAUUGGCGUUGGGGAGUUUUGCUGCACGUCGAGCUGAGGCGAGGCGAGGCAAAUACAAUGUUUUUCCCCGUUGAUCUGUUGCAUGCAUGUCCUCUUUUCUUCUCUUCUCUUCUCCGAAUACGCACAACUCAUCACCAC